AAAUAAACAGUUACACUAACCCGCUUUCACACAACGCACAUACAUUAAAAAAUAAAAAAUAAUAAUCGAUAGUAUUGUAAACUAAUCUACUUCUCUUUUGUUUGUCUUAAGUGUAUCAACUGUCUACGGUGUUCGAGUCUGUCGGAUCUUGGCCAGAAGCAUUAGCCGGUGGCAAGCAAACGUACAGUGUUGCUUUCAGUUGCCUAUCCUUCGACUCCGUGGUUCCAGAAGCUAUGAUGCGGCCAACUAGGUUGAACUGUGCAUAUUUGCUACUACUCUGGACGACCACCUGUUCACUGGUAUUGGUUUCCGGCAAUCCGUCGGACGUUGACGGCGUGGAGCUUCAUAAAAAACACUUGCCAAGGGUAAAGCGACAAUUGCCGCCAUUGGAUGAAGGAAAUCAAGUACUAGACAAUAUAUUUCAGAUUCCCAUAAGCACUCUGAACGCCGUCGGAUCACUGAUCAAGAGCACACGGCCGAUAAUCAGGCGAACCCGGGAACGCAUCCAACAGUAUUACACACAACAGCAGUCCCCGCAAAAUGGACAGUUUGGCAACAACCGGCCUACGGUACAACAGGGAUCGUAUUACUUCACCGGCAACAGGAGACCCGGCAACAGGAGGCCACAGGGUCGAGGGUUGAGCGAUUCAGACUACUGAUGUCCUUCUGUCCGACCUGUACCUUAAACGAAUUGCAUACUAAAACUGGGUCCCGUACAGCGAAGAUAGGUCGCCGAGUUGGAACUAUAGGUGGACAUAAUUUGGGGAGGGGGACAUUGGCGCAACUAGAGGAGCUGCUAAGGAAGUUCAAACCUUUUAGAAACUUUGAAAGCUUCAACGGGAUUGAGGGCCGUGCAAGUUUAAAAGGAUUUGAACUUCCCUAGCCCCCUCUUGUUGCGUCAAUGGAGUAAGAGGAAUAGUUAAGGUUGAAAACCCUUAAAAAUCAUCAACUCACACUUUGGAGCUAAACUGAAUUUGUUCCAACCCUUUUUUUUGUAGACUUUUAAUAUGUGUAAGACAUUUAACCCACGUCAGAACUAACAUAGUAAAAAUGUUAAAUAAGCUCAAAAACCACUAUCCAUUCAGGUCACUCAGGUCAGAAAAGGUUGAACCUACUAAGAAUGCUCAAUUUUAUCCACCUGCGGUUAAGUUAUCUUUCACAGUAUUCUAAAAAUUUUAAAAUUUUAUUAAUCAUUUUUGCAACUUAACCUAACCAGAAGUUUAUUGUAUCCAAAAGGAAUCCUCAAAAUGUUGUGAAAAUAUAUUUCCAACUGUAUGAUAUUAUUUUACCAAUUUUUUUAUUAAAUUGUAUUAUAAAUAUUAGCGUUUAAAAAAAUGCUCUUGCUAAAAUAUUUUCUCUGAUAAUUUGAAAAAUGUUAUUAUUAAUUUUUGAUCAAUCGCUGUACGGGAGCCACAUGUGAUAACUAUUUUGAUUAACCAAAAAACGUACCUACUACCUACCUAUAAUUAUAGUUACCAAUUACCAUAUAAUGUGCAUUUUUUAAUUUUUUUUUUUUUUUAAACUAUUUCAAUAAUAACUCUGUUUUUAUG